GUGAGGGUGCAUGUCCGGAGCAAGUAAAGGCAGGGGGAUUAUUCGGCGCUAUAGAAAUAUUUCAACACGUCGCCCUCGCUGCAGGACUGAAGCCAAUAAGAAGGAACGCAUUUUAACAGGAAUGCCGAUAUUGUAAACAGCAGCAGAAGAGAAAGAAUGCACUGCAGUCAAUUAAGUGACUCACCCAAGUUGGUUUAAUUCGACUAAUGUCCGCAAGCCAGCGAGACACAGAAAGGUGUCCGAUGCGCGUCAACCUCUGAAGAAAAUCGGUCUCGCAGCACUUGUGAAGAAUAAUGGACAACAUUUUUACAUUUCUCUUUCCAGACUUUUGAUCAUAACGCAGCAAAAGACUGUAGAGCUUUCCCGACAACUUGUGAAAAAGAAGUGGAUGCUUAUUUCUGCAGAGCUGAAGGAGGACUUUCCAAAGCUUUUCAACUUCAGUUUCAUUUUUACUCCUUUUUUAUUUUGUAUUCAUUUGCUCCACUUGUGCGCAGGCUGUUGGUAGAAAUAUUGUUUCACAUCCAACCAGUCGUCUACAGUUGUGGCCUGCAAUUGGAUGAACUUCCUGAUGAGAGAUCCAGUCAUACAGGGAUCAAGUAUGGCAUAUCAUCCGUUUUUACCUCACCGGGGUCCAGACUUUGCCAUGAGUGCAAUGCUGGGUCAUCAGCCUCCUUUCUUCCCGGCUCUGGCUCUCCCCCACGGCGGCUCCCUCUCUCUGCCGGGUGCCCUGGGAAAGCCGAUCAUGGACCAGCUGAUGGGAGUCACGGAGACCGGCCUCCACUUCUCUUCUCUGGGGCACCAGGCUGCGGCCGCCCACCUCAGGCCUAUGAAGACUCUGGAGCCUGAGGAGGAGGUGGAAGACGACCCUAAAGUUCACCUGGAAGCCAAGGAGCUUUGGGAACUCUUCCACAAGAGAGGCACCGAGAUGGUGAUCACAAAAUCCGGAAGGCGAAUGUUCCCCCCGUUCAAAGUGAGGUGCACUGGUCUGGACAAAAAGGCCAAAUAUAUUCUCUUGAUGGACAUUGUUGCAGCCGACGACUGUAGAUACAAAUUUCAUAACUCCCGCUGGAUGGUGGCAGGGAAGGCCGACCCCGAAAUGCCAAAGAGGAUGUACAUUCACCCGGACAGUCCGGCUACUGGUGAACAGUGGAUGUCAAAAGUCGUCAAUUUUCACAAACUCAAGCUGACAAACAACAUCUCGGACAAGCAUGGAUUUGUAAGUUCAACAAAUACCAUACUUAACUCGAUGCACAAAUAUCAGCCUCGAUUUCACAUCGUGAGGGCAAACGAUAUUCUCAAACUCCCGUACAGUACCUUCAGGACAUACGUUUUUCCUGAAACGGAUUUCAUUGCUGUGACUGCAUAUCAAAAUGACAAGAUAACACAGCUGAAAAUUGACCAUAAUCCAUUUGCCAAAGGAUUCCGUGACACAGGCAAUGGGAGACGGGAAAAGAGGAAACAGCUGGCUCUGCAAUCCAUGCGUUCAUACGAGGAGCAGCAGAAAAAGGAGAACGGAGCUUCAGACGACUCCUCCGGAGAGCAGGCUUCUUUUAAGUGUUUCGGCCAGGCCUCGUCCCCUGCCGUGUCUACCGCGGGACCCCCACACCUGAAAGAUUUCUGCGACAGCGAUGAGGACAGUGACGAUGAGAGCAAAGAUGGACACAUCAAAGAUGGUCCAGACUCCAACAAGAUUUCUACGACUACGAAGGAUGGGAAGGAUCAUGAGGCGAGCCCGGCUAAGGGGCACACCUUUAGUAACACUGACUCUACGAGGACCCGCGACAGCGGCCCUAGGACAGAGAAAAGCCAGGCAGACUCACGGCAGAGCCCCAUCACCGUCAUCUCCAGCACCACCCGCUCUGGAGAAGACCUCAAGAGCCCGAGCCUAGACCAACCCAAAACGGACGAGUGCAGGUCAAUAAGCAAAGACAGUUUCAUGCCUUUGACUGUUCAGACUGACAGCCCGCACAUGGCCCACAGCCACUUUCCUAAUUUUGGAUUUCCAACAGGCCUAACAGGACAACAGUUUUUCAAUCACCUUGGGAGUGCGCAUCCGUUUCUCUUGCACCCCAGUCAGUUCAACAUGGGCGGUGCAUUCUCAAACAUGGCAGGCAUGGGGCCACUAUUGGCAGCUGUGUCCACGGGAGGGGUUAGCGCCAUGGACUCAGCUAGCAUGGCAUCACCUUCACAAAGCUUGACGGGAGCGCCAGGCCUGCCCUUUCAUCUGCAGCAACAUGUCUUGGCAUCACAGGGCCUUGCCAUGUCUCCGUUUGGCAGUUUGUUCCCCUAUCCGUACACGUACAUGGCAGCAGCCGCAGCAGCCUCCUCCGCUGCCUCCUCCGCGGUGCACCGGCACCCUUUCCUGAACGCAGUGCGCCCCCGACUCAGGUACAGCCCUUACUCCCUCCCCAUGACGGUACCGGACAGCACCCUGCUCACCACCGCCAUGGCCUCCAUGGCCAGCAGCGGAACCGAGUUAAAAGGAGACGGCACUGUCCCUGCCAGCCCCGUGUCUGGUAUCACCCUGGAUUCCACAUCGGAGGUGACCAGUCACUCAUCCACUAUAUCCUCCGGCUCUGUUUCCAUGUCCCCAAAAACUUGCACGGAGAAAGACGCCGCCAACGAGCUGCAGAGCAUCCAGCGCCUGGUCAGUGGACUCGACUCAAAUCAGGACAGGCCACGGAGCGGGUCCCCAUAGUUUCUCUUCUCUUUUCUCUCUUUUUUUUUAAACACACCACCUGCUUCUCGUUUCGUUGUUGUCAUGAAAAGUGAAAAGUGUUGACGGUGAUGAAGACAUUGACAGUAGGAGGCCACCCUCGUAGAUUCAUGCAGGUUUUAAAAAGAAAAAAAACUUUAAAAAAACACGAACUGUUGGACGUUUUAGUUUCUGAAAUGCACUUUGGUUAAUACACAUCUGAUAUGUAUAUUUUUCUCUUCUUUUUUUGUUAAAUUAAACAACACUUUUAUCCUGUCAUUUGAAUACCGUACAAGUAUUGAAACUGAAAAGUUGGCAUGGGUGUGACUUACAGAUUUGGGAGAAGUUGCUGCUGUGUCCUGUCUCCUAACUUUAUUGUACACGAGGAGAAAUGUGUUUUAAUAUGCACUCUGAAUUGAUUUGACUUAUUUGAAUUCACUACCGUUUAACCUACCUUAUAAAGACUGCUGUAUUUUGUUGUACACUAUUAAUUGAUCGAUUGGCCAAAUGUCGCAUGCCCCCUAAAACCCUAACGAAUGUUGUUUUAAAACUAAAAACUGAAACAAAAAGUAUGAAAAACAUUCUGUUUGGAAUAGAAUUAAAACACUCCCUUUGCUGAAGUUUCUUCUUGAUUAGUUUUAUCAAUAUUUUAAACAAAUGUUUUUUACUUCACGCCUUUAUGAAAUCUGAACAGGCCUAUAGACGUGACAAAACGAUGGCCCAAACAAACGGGAUUAAGCUCAAGUGGCCUACAGGCAAGGGGAAGCAAACAUUUAAAUAUUCAAAAAUAAAAAGGUAGUAUUGAUUAAAGGUGUACAUAGGGAUAUAUAAAAUAUUUAUGUAAUUAUUUCAUAUUGUUAUUUCGUGUAAAUACAACGGAGUAGUUUGUUUCUAGGGAUCUGUUCUUAAUUUAUUGUCGAUAUACCUGUGUAAAGAUAGUUUGUGGGCUAUUAUCCUUUUGUUGCCAUCUGCAUUUAUACCCUUCCUAAAAUAUGGACUUUAUUCCUCCCCAAAUAUCCACUGAGCUAUAGUUAUUCACACUCAUGUGCCAUUGUCUUUUCAUUUGUUGUCCCCGUGUGUGAAGUGCUACUGUUUAAAAACGAAUGAAAAAGCGACAACGCACUGCACCAAUGGCUUGAAAAAAAUAUAUAUUCUUUUCAUGAGAAGAGCAAAAUAAGUGUCGUUGACGUGUGAAAAAAGUGGACUAUUUUUUUUUCUGUUAUUAAAAUACUUUGCGAACCUGAUCGUACAAGUGCCGCAUAAUCGAAAAUAUGAAGGUCUCUUUUGUGUUUCUUAAGUUGUCAAUGGGUUAUGUUGUAUUGGAGUUAUGUCUAGUUUACAACAUCGACAUCGUGUUCUUGAAAGUUUCAAUAAAAUAUUGAAAUGCCA